CCCCUCUCUCUCUCUGGGCACUGAUGAUGACACAGCGUUCCAUGGAACGACUUACGACUCACUCGCCACGCAAUCCUCAGGCACCGAAUGGGACCUAUAAAUACUUGUGAAUAAACAGCGGCGUGCUCAUCUUCUUCCGCACAUUCCUGUAUUCUCAAUUCACCAUCCCAUCUCACAUUCACGCUCUCUUCCCUGCUCUCGCCUCAUCACUAACCAACCAACCAACCAACCAACCGACCCCCUCCUCCUCUUCCAUGGAGCUCCCUUCAAUCGGCAAGCAUUGCUCCCAUGCAACCUGCUCCCAACUCGACUUCUUGCCCUACACCUGUCCGUACUGCAAGCAAAUCUUUUGCCAGGACCAUUGGAAACUAGAGGACCACACCUGCCCUAACAAGGGCGAUGCAACCCAACAGGACCAGCGUGUACCAAUAUGCCCUCUAUGCGACAAACCCGUCCCCAUCAAAAAGGGCGAGGAUCCAAACCUCAGAAUGGAGCAGCACAUCGCAGCCGGAUGUCCUGAACCUGCCACUACCGUCUCAAAACCCAUCUAUACCAAUGCCUGUAAUGCCAAAGGAUGCAAGAACCGCUCCGCCAUCCCAAUUGUCUGUCAAAAAUGUCAACUCAAUUACUGUCUGAAGCAUCGACUGGAGGGCGACCAUGCCUGUGCAAGCCAGCAACAGACAAAUGGAAAAAAAACCGGAGCCGGAGCAGCAACCCCAUCACGCCCCAUUGUCAACGGAGCCAACAACAACAACAACGGCAACUUGUCGCUCAAGGCUGCCAAUGCUGCCAAUGCUGCCAAUGCUGCCAGGAAUGCAAGAGCAGCCGCAGCAGCUGAAUCUAGAGCAACGGCAUCGAACACUGGUCGCCGUCCGGCACCAUCAACAGGGAAGAAGGACAAGGACAAGUGCGCGGUCUCGUAAAGCAUCAAGGGACAACUCUCUAUCACACCUAGAAGGCAGUGCGCCGACAACUAAUACUCAACCCAACUCAUGGUUCUAAUAUCCUAAUAAAGUCGUUGGUGGUAUUCUGAUCACACAAUACAAUGUAACAUCCAUCAAGUCCAGCAC